AGCCACUGAUCGGUUUACAAUUGUUAUAACCUUUCGUUGCAGGGACGCCACAUGUUCGAUAAAAUGUCUCAAGAAUAAGACAGUUCCCUCUUAGAAAUACUUGAAGUUUUCAGAAGCAAUCAUAAUGCUCUCUAAUCUUAUUGACGGCUUCAAUGAAAUUUUGAAGAUUCAAAAGUUCCGAAGAAUUGUCUCGUACACUGGAUUCUAUUCCUUUGUUGCUGUUUUGACCUACGCUUAUACAAACAACACAACUAGAGCUGGGUAUUCGAGGGCUGAUCAAUUCUAUGCUUCUUAUCCUGCUGGAACGGAGCUUUUAACUGACACUGCUAAGUUAUACAAAGCAGCAUUAGGCAAUUGCUUUGAGUCAGAGGAAUGGGGUCCGAUUGAGUUCUGUAUCAUGGCUAAGCACUUUGAGCGUCAAGGGAAAUCGCCAUAUGCGUAUCAUGCAGGCACACUUUUGCUUGGGAUAUUGUUAUUAGUUGGUCAUUCGUAACUCUCAGUGAAUGAAGGGACUGGACUGUCAUAGAAGGCAAUAUUAUAUUUGAUUUUCAUCUCAUCCAAGUAGUGCUUCAUUGAAUCGAAGAAAGCACCAUAUUGACAUAAAUAGGUUAACUAUGCUGUUUACAGGGUGCAACUAACUGGUCUCAGCCUAUUCAUUUUCCUGUCAGAUGGCCUUAUUUUUAUUUACUCGACUCUUUUCCUCUUUUUUUGGAGACAAUAGUUUCUCUUCUGAAUCCCUUUCUUUUAAAUAGGAUUUAUGUCGUAUUCACAUACACUUAGAAAGGAUAGACAUCACUAAGG